CACCAAAAGAGAGGGAGAAAGAUCUUAAUACAAAUUAUGUACAGUAUACUUGUGUGCGCGCAAGAACAGCAGAGCGUGCGUCCACAAAUACCUUGGUUCCCCAAUGCCUUGGUGAAGGUGGGACAAGACCCGCCCUUCCCCAGCUUCUUAUAAGGGCCGAGGACCUGGGACUACAGGUUCACACACCAUGAUUCUGUUUAGAAGACACAGGACCUUCCUGCUGGCCUUCACACUGCUCUGUACCCUCCUGGGUCUCGGGUGCCCUCUAAGUUGUGAGGUGUGCAAAGGCUCGGGGCACACGUGCAGCGGGAAGAUGAAGACCUGUGAAGAUGGCAAAGACGCAUGCGUGGUCCUAGUGAGCGAGUCCAGCACAAAGGGCCGAAAGUCAGUGAACACCUUCAAGGCCUGCAUGAAGUACAAAGACUGCUACUCAGGCUUCGUAUCGACCACCAUGACUCCCAGUGACUACAUGGUGUCCAACGCCCACUGCUGUCAAAGUGACGGUUGCAACAGUGGCUCUGUGCCCCCUCCCUUGAACAAUCGGACAGAGAACGGCCUGAUGUGUCCCUCCUGCAUUGCGCCCUUCCAGGAGACCUGUCCAGGAACCCAGGCAGCUCGCUGCGUGGGCCGGGAAACGCACUGCAUCUAUUUUGCUGGCAAUGUGCAGGCUGGUAUUAUCCACACGAAAUUUGCCACGAGGGGCUGUGCUACAGAGAGCGCCUGCCACACCAAGGUAGGGGCUGAGGUCCCUUCAGCCUUCUAUCUCUACUUCCUGCGCCGGGCAGACUGCCUUCCAGCCCCUUACCCUCCUGGCAGAGGAGAGUGAAGAACCGAGAAGUAUGUAACUUGAGGAGCCCUGCAGCUUUCCAGCUACCUGUAAAUUAAAACAGAUCGACAGUACAAAC